CGUUUUAUGUACCGUUCCUCGCUCAUUUCAGCCCUUGUGUGAGAGAGGGGGAGAGGGAGAGUGAGAGUAGUAGAUCAGAUCUCUGGAAAAUCUAUCAGAAAUUCCCCCAAGAAAAAGAAAUUUCCACGGUUUUGAUUUCAGAGCACUCACCAUUGGAUCCGUACGGUUGAGAUUUUCCGAUCCCUCGGAUCUAGGGUUACAGAUCCCACCCUUUCGGCGCUGCGGCUACUGCUUCUUCUGUCCUGCGCAGGAGGCUGAGAUUCUGGCAUGGGAGACGAGAACCCCAAAGGCGCGUGCGGGGGAUCGGACGGUGGGGAGGAGCCUGUUCCCAAGACGGUCGCUGUGGAUGGCACGAAGGGGGAUGACGGAGAGAUCGGUGGUGCCGAGCGCGAGCAUGCGAUCGGGUGCUCCCGCUACUUUCAAGAAUGUGGAGAGGCCAGCGGGUGCGGUUCAGAGGAAGAUUUUCAGCAUAAGAGGGCAAAGGUUCUUUUCAAUUUCGAAGCAUGCCGUUAUGUUGCUACAACUUCAGGCACUGAUGCAUCUGCUUCCCUUGCCGAGGGAGACCACAAUGUUUGUCAUUUGAGUGUUCCAUCUGAAAAUGAGAUGGUCCUUUACCAUAACUUGAUGUCAAAUGAUCCUGAUGCCAGAAAGGCCAUGGACUCUACUGAAGAAGUGGAUGAUGAUGGAGAUGGGUUUAACAUUUCCAACAUGGAAGAUUUAGAAGUUAGGAUGGAUCUUACGGAUGACUUGUUACACAUGGUUUUCUCCUUCUUGAAACAUAUAGAUCUCUGUCGAGCUGCUAGAGUCUGUAGGCAAUGGAGAUCAGCUAGUUCUCAUGAAGACUUUUGGAGGUGCUUGAAUUUUGAAAAUCGAAACAUCUCCUCACUGCAAUUUGCUGACAUGUGCCACCGGUACCCGAAUGCUACUGAAGUAAAUAUUUUGGGCGCUCCUGCUAUUGACGUGCUUGUUAUGGAAGCAAUGGUCUCCCUACGGAAUAUUGAGGUUUUGAUACUGGGUAAAGGGCAACUGAGUGAUGCAUUUUUCCAUGCCGUAGCCAAUUGUCAUGCGUUGAACCAUUUGAGUAUUAGUGAUGCAUCUCUUGGUAACGGUAUUCAAGAAGUAUCCGUGUUCCAUGAUAAGUUGCAUCAUCUUCAAAUUAUAAGGUGUCGUGUGCUCCGUAUUUCAGUCAGGUGCCCUAAGCUUGAAACUUUGUCACUGAAGCGCAGUACCAUGGCACAUGCCAUACUCACUUGCCCCCAAUUACUCAAAUUGGAUAUAGCUGCCUGUCACAAACUUUCAGAUGCUGGAAUUCGUUCGGCAGCAACAUCAUGCCCUUUGUUGGCAUCUUUGGAUAUGUCAACUUGUUCGUGUGUCAGUGAUGAGACACUACGUGAUAUAGCCCUUUCAUGUCCUAAUCUUCGUGUUCUCGAUGCAUCUUACUGUCCAAAUAUUUCACUUGAGUCUGUGAGACUACCAAUGUUGACAGAUCUGAAGCUUCAUAACUGUGAGGGUAUAACUUCGGCUUCGAUGGCUUCAGUAUCUCAUAGUUAUAUGCUGGAGGACCUGGAUCUUGAUUGCUGCGGACUGUUGACAUCUGUCUCCUUGGAUCUGCCACAUUUGCAGAAUAUCAGUCUUGUACACUGCCGCAAAUUUGUUGAUUUAAAUCUGAGAAGCCCUGUGCUUUCAUCCAUAACUGUUUCCAAUUGCCCUGCACUCCAUCGCAUCAACAUCACAUCAAAUUCACUUCAGAAACUGGUAUUGCAAAAGCAAGAAAGUCUGACCACAGUGUCACUGCAAUGUCACAGCCUGCAAGAAGUGGAUCUUACAGAGUGUGGAUCUUUGACAAACUCUAUUUGUGAAGUUUUUAGUGACGGCGGCGGCUGCCGGAUGCUUAGAUCACUGGUUCUUGACAACUGUGAGAGUCUCACAAGAGUGGAAUUCAACAGUAGUACUUUGGUCAGUCUGUCGCUGGUUGGUUGUCGUGCCAUGACUUCUCUUGAACUUUCUUGUCCUUAUCUUGAUCAAGUUCAUCUGGAUGGUUGUGAUCAUCUUGAAAGAGCAUCAUUUUGCCCUGUUGGUCUUCGGUCACUUAAUCUGGGCAUAUGCCCCAAGUUGAGUGUUCUUCAGAUUGAUGCACCAUACAUGUCAGGUCUAGAGCUAAAAGGUUGUGGCGUUUUGUCUCAAGCAUCCAUCAAUUGUCCUCGGUUGACAUCUCUGGAUGCUUCCUUUUGUAGCCAACUACAGGAUGAUUGCUUGUCCGCCACGGCUACUUCAUGCCCACUCAUUGAGUCACUGAUCUUGAUGUCAUGCCCAUCCAUUGGUCUUGACGGGCUCUCCUCAUUACGCCGGCUUCCACAUUUGACAUUGAUUGAUUUAUCAUAUACUUUCUUGAUGAAUUUGCAGCCUGUGUUUGAAUCCUGUUUGCAGUUGAAGGUUUUGAAACUGCAGGCAUGCAAGUACCUCACUAACACUUCUUUGGAUGCCCUCUAUAAAAAUGGCGCUCUCCCAUCCCUCCGUGAGUUAGACUUAUCCUAUGGGAGCAUCUGCCAGUCUGCCAUAGAGGAGCUUCUUGCUUGCUGUACGCAUCUCACCCAUGUGAGCUUGAACGGCUGCAUUAACAUGCACGACCUUAAUUGGGGUUCAAGUGGUGGGCGGUUUCUGGAAUUAUCAAAAUCGGAUGAUUCAGUUGAUCAGCCUGAUCGUUUGCUUCAGAACCUCAAUUGUGUUGGAUGCCCGAACAUAAAGAAAGUUGUCAUUCCUCCAGCGGCCCGCUGCCUCCACUUGUCAUCAUUAAACCUAUCUUUGUCUGCAAAUUUGAAGGAAGUGGAUCUUGCGUGUUUCAAUCUCAACUUUCUCAGUUUGAGCAACUGUUGCUCCUUGGAGAUCUUAAAGCUUGAGUGCCCAAAAUUAAGCAGCCUUUCUCUUCAAUCAUGCAACAUUGCAGAAGAAGUGGUGGAAGCUGCUAUAUCAGACUGUAACAUGCUAGAAACUCUUGAUAUCCGCUUCUGUCAAAAGAUACAUGGUGCAGGCAUGGGAAGGCUACGGAUGGUGUGCCCAAGUUUAAAACGCAUUUUCACCAGCCUGGUGGUGUAACUGUAGGUGUUGUGUAGCCAAUAGAUUACUAGCCAUUCCGGAUAUGUUAUUGCUGUUCCAAUAGAUUAUUAGCCGUUGCAAGUCAUGUCAUUGCUGUUUAUUUCCCGACAGUUGCUGCAUUUAUUUUUCAUGUCUGUCCGAAUUAGGUCAGCAACUCUGUUACUAUGGAGCCCAUGUAAAGUAAAUAUAAUGAAUUUUCCCUGUUUGUUUUGAUUA